GUCGGUCGAUAUUUCUUUUAAAACCCCAAGUUGAGUGUUGAGUAAGUCUCUUGUCAACAGCGAUCCUUUACAUGUUGAAUCUUUUACCCAUAGAAAACGCAGAUUUUAAAGAUAGUUUCAAGUGUAUGAUUAAGAAUUUGUUGUCAGUUGCUUAGCCAAGUUGGUCAUAUCAUACGUAUAAGGCCUUGUUCAGUAUAGAAGUCCAUAGAUGGCGCGUACAAAUUUUCUCCUAUCCUCUUGUAGUGAGCAAGAAACUGGCAAGAAAAGUCCAUUUGCGUCUUAAGUUUUGAAAGAAAUGUAUUGUUUCGUGGGUGGAGGGGAACCCUGUGAAAACAUAUUUUUAAUGGAGUGGGAAGCAUUUCACGAUUUUACCCCGGAUGGAUUUUUUCAUCGCGAAAGACUUGUUAGUUGUUUUUGUAGCAUUGCUAUCUGUUCAGUCGCGCAGUCGACUGCCACUAUUUGUAGACAGUGGUUGCUAAUCAGAUGAUCUCCGUGUUGAGGGAAAGUCUUCCUUUUUUUGGUGCUGUGCAAAAUUCUACCAAAAUGACGAACCAUCUUGAAUUUAUUUGUGCCUAGUCAACUACAAAAGAAUUUGAAUUGUCCUCGGUUUUGCAGCAUUAUGUUUGACCCCGAAACCGAAACUCAGUUACCGACCCCAAGUGACGUUGAUGUCGAUUGGAAUGGGUUAUCUCGUUUAAAAUUUGGCACGAGAUUCCCCUCAUCUCAAAAUGACUGUACCGAUACUGAUCGGACCCUAGCAAAGCAAUCUUCAAAAUCCACGGAAAUAGCCAAUACUGUUGAUGUGGAGUAUGAGCAAGCUCCUUCCAGCGGUAUUAGUAGUGCCAAAGAUCUUGUGUUUACCCGAAAGCAAAGUCUGAAUAGUGGGGACGAUGAACGUUUUCCGACCUACGUGAUAGCGAACGAAAAGCCAGCAGCGAUGAGAAAACCAUCUUUACUGAAAUCGCCCGUAGCCACAUCUGAUUUGAAUCAGACUGCAAAUCGCGCUUUCCAUUUUACCCCACAGACUAGAUGUACUCCUGGUUUUCAAAGAAGUUCGUCAACGGUCACAGGAGUUGAUUGGGGUGACGAUAAUGAGUGGAUUAUACUAUUUGACAAUUUGCUCAAUUCCACAUGUGCACCAUACAGGAAACAGCCCAAUAGGGACAUUUAUGGUAUGGCUAAGACCACGGAAGAUGAACCUGACCGCUCCUUGUUAUUGACGGGAUCAAAAAGAGCUACAAGUGCCCCUGCCGUACGGAAAUUGGUGGUACCAUCUAGUAUCACCAAAACUGUAACCUCAUCCAUUGCCAAUACAGCUCCCAUGACAGGAGGAGGAAUGGAUGAGGAGACUUUCAUAAGAGCAUUUGAAGACGUUCCAAAAAUUCAGAUAUACUCUGCCAAAGAAAUGGAAGAACAUCUGAUAAACAUGAGAUCGAUUAUCCAAGAUCCCAACAAUGAUUGGGCCAAACGAGCCGAAACUUUAAAAAAGAUUCGAUCUCUGUUGAUUGCGGGAGCCGCCAACUACGAUGAAUUAUGGCAGCAUAUCCGCCUCUUGGAAACGGCGUUUCAAACAAGCGUGAAAGAUCUAAGGUCUCAAGUUGUGCGAGAAGCGUGUGUGUCAAUUGCAUUCAUGUCACAACAAUUGCAAAACAGAUUAGAUCACUUCGCUGAAGCUUUGUUGAAUCCGUUAAUCAUACUGAUUCCAAACAGUGCAAAGAUCAUGGCUACAGCGGGCACCGUCUGCAUACGCUUCAUCAUCGCACAUACUCACAGUGCUCGGCUUAUCCCCAUUCUCACCAAUCACAUGACUUCGAAAUCCAAGGAUAUUCGCCGUGCCAUGUGCGAAUUUCUAGAUCAGCUGCUUCACACGUGGCCCACGCACAUUCUUGAAAAACACGUCGCUCUCAUUCAGAGUGCUGUGAGCAACGGCAUCAAAGAUGCAGACCCGGAUGCCCGCGCGUUUUCUAGAAAGGCCUAUGGUGGAUUCGCUUCCCAUUUUCCUGCUCAGGCCGAUGCGUUGCUUCAUUCUUUGGAUCUCUCUUACCAGAAACUGCUCUACGGAGAGUCAAGUCUUUCCAAUUCCAGUUCGAGCCAUUCAUUACAAUCCGCCGGGGUGUCUCGACCUUCGUCAAAUGCAAAUUCGGGGCCAGCGUCUCUUCCAGUUCAUCCGCGUUUAAAAGUCGGCUCAUCAGAGAAUUUAACCAGGCUUCCUGGAAUUCCUCCGAGAAAGAUAGCGAUGCCUUCUUAUGGUGCACGGCCAGGAGGUGGGAUAAAUGGAGCAGUGACCAGUGGUAUUCGUUCGAAUUCUGCCAUCGAUUUACAAGCCGCCAAUCGGGCUGUCCGGAAUAUUAGAGGAGGCUAUGUUGCGCCAUUGCCUCCCACUAAAAAAGAUAGUAAUUCUUCGGAUCCCCGUGCUGUCACCUCUCCUGAUCACCGGAGUUCUAGGACCCGUUCAAGGACUUCGGGAUCUUCGCAGUCUCAACCUGGCAGCCGAUCAGGAUCGCCUUCGUCUAGAUAUUCAUACAAAACGUACGAUCCUUCUGGAACUCCUGUGCGACAUGUAGACAGUUCAACAUUAGGUCGUCCCAGGCGAUUAUCCAGUAGUGGAAUGGUCGCCAACGCAACUCCACCUCGUGGACCUCGGAGCAGCAACACGAGCCGUGAACCAAGUCCUAAUCGUGGUGGAAAUCACUCAGUGCUCUCCAAACCUGCCAGAGUUCGUUCACAAUCUGGAUGUAGCGAAAAAGGUACCCCUAGUCGUCCGGUGCUAGCCCAGAAAAUCCUCCAGCAAAGCCGCGAAGCCGAAUCUGCUCUCUCUGAUGCUCUGACUCGCCCGCGUGUUGGAGGAUAUGACGAUCACUCCGACGAAAGCGAAACGUCGAGUGUGUGCUCAGAACGUUCCAUGGAUUCAGUAAACCGUCGCUCCGAUCGCCAUUUUCGGGAAAAUUGGCUUGAAUCACCCCACAAGGAUAUUUACGAUAUUAUCACUGCAUGUUCCAGUACUCAUUGGUCCGAGAGGAAAGAGGGUUUAAUGGGACUGCAAGCCUUCUUGCGCUCUGGAAACUUGAUUCCAACGCAUGAAUUGCGCAAGUUAAUUGAAAUCCUAGGGAAAAUGUUCACUGACGCCCAUACUAAAGUUUUCAGCUUGUUUUUAGAUGCGUUAACGAUUUUGAUUGAGAUUCACAAGGAUGAUAUGCACGAAAAUUUGUAUUUUUUAAUGAGUCGUCUGCUCAACAAAUUGGGUGCUGAUCUUUUGGGAUCUGUUCAGGCUAAAACCUUGAAAACAUUGGAUUUAGUCCGAUACUGUUUCCCGUAUUCCUUACAAAUGGCAUUACUCUUGCGAUUCAUGAUGGAUAACACGCAAACACCAAAUUCUCGCGUAAAGGUGGCUUUACUUAAUUAUCUAACUGCAUUAGUUCGCGACAUGCAGCCGUCAGACUUAACUGCUGUUACGUCUCAAAUGGGAUCCCCAGGUUUAAUGAUGGGUAUGGCGGGAGUUGGAGCUUCGGUGUCUCCACAACUCGUUGAAGCUUCAAUUGCUAAAGUAGUGGCAUGGACCAGCGACGUCAGAUCUGCCGAAGUUCGAAAGGCUUCACAGGAUGCGAUUUACGCUCUAUUUAGUUUGCAUCCAGCUGAGGUGACACGUAUACUUAACACACUCCCAAAAGUGUGUCAGGAUAGUGCAGGACAAAUCAUUCAAUCUCAAUUAAACCGAACCAUGGAUAACGUAAGCUUGAAUAGAGCAUCGGAUUCUCCUACAUCCGUUGUUGCAGGUUCCUCGCCACUGAGAUCACCCGUCACACCUCAAUCACAAUUUCAAAUGCCGAUUCUGUCGUCUCAGCAACCGUCGACGCCAACCUAUUUUUCGAAAAUCUCUUCAUCUAGGUCGCUGGAAAAUGACGAAAAUGAGCAUUACAAUCCAGAAGAAGUUUACAAAUCGAUCAGAAAAACCACUGCGGAAAUCCAAAAUUACAGUUUUGAGAAAUCCUCUUUGGAGCGGGACUCAACAUCACAAGAUUCUGGCAUAUCGCAGCUGUCACACCUGUCGUUCGAAAAGAAUAAAGGAGAAAUCAAAUCCUUACCAUUGGAAGAGAAGCGUCAGAAAACUCUACCAAAUUCUGUUGGAACUGACGUUUUCAUGUCACCCAUGGAGCAGGCCGAUAGAGCAACGAUGCAGCGAAUUCUUGCGUUAUUCGGAAAAGAAGAUUCGGAAUCGCGCAAGGACGCCAUGCGGAUGCUGACGCAGUUGAUGCACCAGGGCGCUGGCAAUUUGAUUGAAGACAACUUCCGCCCCGUCUUCAAGCACUUGGUGUCGUGUCGUGAAGAUCCCGACUCUUUUGUUCGCCGUCAAGUAUUCAAUCUUUGGGCAACCAUGUUGUCAACUCCUAGACUGCUGGAAGAAAUGGAAAACUACGCUGACUUAAUUCUUGUCAAUAUUUUUCGGGCACAACGUGAUCAAGAAAGAGAGGUUGUUCGUUCGGCAGAAAGUUGCGCCAAAACCUUAGCUGCCGUUCUGUCGCUGAACAAGCUUAUUCGCAUUUUAAAACAUGCCAUUGGUGAUAAUUACCCUGAAAACUAUACUGCGAUCAAAACCCUGACGCGGUUGGUUGAACAACGUCCUCAUGAAGAUACCGUAACUAUUUUACCCGAAAUGAUGCCUGCCCUUCUGCGUGCCACUGACCAUGCCGAGAGUAUUGUGCGAAAAGCAGCUGUUUUCUGCAUCGUAGAAAUUUACAAACGAGCACCGGACGAAUUGAAACCAUACCUAGAAUCACUGAAUAGCAGCAAAAUGAAAUUGAUCAACGUUUACAUUCAGAGAGCUGGCCCUACGUAGAGCCGUCCUUGUCGAUGUCGCGCCUAUUCUCACGGCAUUCUCGUUUUACACGCGUGACCAUUUAGUGAGCCGCUUUUCAUAUUAUUAUUCGAUUCUUAUUACUCGAUCUUAUUAAAAACAAAAACUACAAAAAAACUAAGGAAAAGAAGGACAAUAAAAAAAGUAGCAACAAUCUUUCGCGUUCUUUGUAAGCAGUUUACAAACUUCACAGCUUCAGCCAUUCUGACUGCUCUCCAGCAAUUAAUCCAAUUAUGCAUUCCUAAUAAUAGUAAAGUAUUAUGGAUUUCUCAAUUUUCAAACUAAUACAUCCAUUGAAAUAUGUUA